AAAGGGGCUGCGGUGGAACCGCUAUGUCAGUCCUGAACACCAGUAAGACGAAGUAAACUCUGCUCCCCUGUGAUUUGCGCGUCCGGUGGAGCGGUACAUUGUCAGAGCGGAUGAGCGUUCACUCCCUCAUUGCGGGAAAAGCCCAGACUGAUUAUAUAUGAACCACUGAGGAUACAACUUUUUGAAAUGAAAGAGGGAAAAGGGUGACUACACACUCUGAAGUCAUGAGAGGCUCAACGAGUAUGUGAAGAUGUCCCAGAAGGCAACUAAAACAUGGUGCCUUAGGCUUCUCCCAGUUCUCCUGUUCUUCAUCUCCUUUGUCACGUACUACCGUUCCUAUAGCUUAAUUCAGAGCUAUGGAGGCACCAGCAAGUCUCCUAACAGUAGCAAGUCGCUGUGUGGUGGCUGGCUAACCCAGAAGAAAUGGGAGAGCCUUAAGUUUAACAUUACCAGGCGGACGCAGCUCUUUAUGAAACUGGAGGAUUUCUUUUGGCGGAACCAUCUGUCCAAUCUGGCAUUACCCUAUGGCAUUAAGGGCAGUGAGCUGCUGCUACUGAAAGUGCUCGCUGUAACUGCAAAUUAUCACAUGCCAGCCAACAUUGAAAACCUUGAAUGCAGAACCUGUGUAGUCAUAGGUAAUGGCUUUGCCAUUAAAAACAGCUCCCUGGGAAGCAUCAUCAACAAAUAUAAUGUGGUCAUUCGCUUGAAUGAUGCCCCGGUGAGAGGCUACGAGGAAGAUGUGGGGAACAAGACCACCAUGAGGUUUUUCUACCCCGAGUCAGCCUCCUACAAUCCCGGACUGGACAAUGAACCCAGCACACUUAUGGUCCUGGUGCCUUUCAAACAGCAAGAUCUACGGUGGCUCAAAGAGAUCCUCUACAAUGAGAAGAGGGUCAGGAAAGGCUUUUGGAAGCCCCCUCCUCAAAUCUGGUUGGGCGAUGCCAGUAAAGUUAGAGUAUUGGACCCAUACUUUUUGCAUCAGACUGCAGUCAGCCUGCUAAAGAUCCCUUUGCACCCCAAGAGUAAACAAAUCCCAGUGCACCCUACCACAGGUAUACUUGCUAUCUUUGUCGCUCUCAACUACUGUGACGUGGUCCACGUUGCUGGAUUUGGAUACCCUCGCUCAAAGAGCCUGCAUCAACCUAUCCAUUACUAUGGAUAUGCCACCAUGAGGUCUAUGAAGAAUUCUUACCAUGACCUCAAUCAUGAAGCUGAAGCCUUAAAAAGACUGGAGGAUUCAGGAGCCAUUCUCUACCUGCAUCCGCAUUUAUGAUAUACACACAAACACACACACACACACACACACACACACACACACACACACACACACACACACACACACACACACACACACACACACACACACAUCUCCAGUUCAGUUUGGGUUAUCUGACUCAGAUCUUAAUGUGCCUUCUGCAGUGGGAUACGGGACUUUUUUUGUUGCUGCACUCUGCUCUGAUGAUCGUUACCUUCCUGGCACCUUAUGUGUGCUUUUUCUUAAAGUGAGAAAAAAACAAACAAAAAAAACACAAUAUAAAUGCUUUUAGAGUGCCGUAGCAGGUUUUCAAAUCAAGGUCCUAAAUUAAAAUGAGGACAUCGACUGUAAACGUGGUGACCCAGUUGUUUGUGAUAGAACAGCUGCAGCAAACUAGUUUUAUCAGUUGAAUUUUGGUUUCGGUGCUUGUUUUUUUUAGGAUUUUGUGAUAAAUCGGGCUGGCGGAAUAAAACAUUUCAGAUCUGCACCUUGGAUGGGGGUUCUCUUGACAUUUCAUGUACAUCAUGAAGACGUAAAGUCUAGUGAAUUGAUUUUGGAGUCAGAUUUGGUGAUUUUUUUGAACUCCUGCUUUUUUGUGUAUGGGGGUCUUUCUUACAUUUUAAGUGAAAUGAAAAUUUUGCUCAUUUGUGACAUUUUGAUUACGAUGCCCGUCUCAAUUUUUAAUUUAUUUACUUUUUCGGAUACAAAUGGUACCACUGGAUAUUUUGUAAUUACAGAAUAAAAUCAUUUGUAAAUAAAAAGUGACCAAAAUUGA